AUGAGCGACCUUGACAGAGCCAUCGCGCAACUGCGCGCGUGCCGACCUAUACCAGAGUCCCAAGUGCGCGAACUGUGCUACAAGGCGCGCGAGAUCCUGAUAGAAGAGGGCAACGUCGUGUCGGUGCAUGCCCCGGUGACGAUAUGCGGCGACAUCCACGGCCAGUUUCAUGACUUGAUGGAACUGUUUCGCGUGGGCGGCGACGUCCCAGACACAAACUAUCUAUUUAUGGGGGAUUUUGUCGAUCGCGGCUUCUACUCGCUCGAAUCAUUCCUCCUGCUUCUCUGCCUGAAAGUCCGAUAUCCCGACCGGAUCACUCUGAUCCGCGGGAACCACGAGUCGAGACAGAUCACCACCGUGUACGGCUUCUACGACGAAUGCAUCCGAAAAUACGGCAGCGCCAAUGUGUGGCGAUACUGCUGCGAGGUCUUUGACUAUCUCGCCCUGGGGGCGUUGGUCUUGGGCGCAACCACAGACGUACCACCCCCGAACAACUCCUACAACGACAACAACACACAGUCGACACUCCCGCCGGACGACGAAGACGUCGAAUCCGAAGUGCUCAACGCUAACGGCGAGAUAUUGAGCAAGACUCUCCGACGCCAGUUCGCCGGCAUGUCACUCAGUUCGCAGAACUCCAACGGCUCGCGGAUAUCUCCUGCCCCAGACGUCGAUGUCCCCUCACCGCCCGAACAUCCUGCAUCGAGUCUACCUUCUCAGGCUUCACCAUCUCCACCAUCUCUCUUCACACCCCCGACCUCGACCACAGGAGCUGUUCUCUGCGUCCAUGGCGGUCUCUCCCCACUGAUCGAGACGGUAGACAAAAUCCGGCUGAUUGAUCGCAAACAAGAAGUCCCUCACGAAGGCGCCAUGUGCGACCUGCUCUGGUCUGAUCCCGACGAGAUCGAAGGUUGGGGUCUGUCUCCCCGAGGAGCCGGCUUCUUGUUUGGAGCCGACAUCGUCCGCCACUUCAACCACAACAACGACCUGUCGCUGGUCGCCCGCGCCCACCAGCUGGUCAUGGAAGGCUACAAGGAAAUGUUCGACAAGACCAUUGUCACCGUCUGGUCCGCCCCCAACUAUUGCUACCGCUGCGGCAACGUCGCUGCGAUCCUGGAGCUGGGCGAAGAUGGGAGUCAUGGCGGCUGUAUCGCCCGAGCCAACGGCGACCAGGGCCGUCGGGAACCUGUCGGCGGAGAUGGCUCUGGAGGCGGCAGCGGCGUUCUUUGGAAUCUGGCCACCCCGGGGCGUCGGUAUAGAGUCUUUGAGGCCGCCCCUCAGGGCACGAGGGGCAUGCCGGCCAAAAAGCCUGUCGGGGAGUACUUCUUGUAA